AUGAAGAACCAGUCAAGAGAGAUAGAGUUCAUUCUUCUGGGACUGACUGAUGACCCACAACUGCAAAUUGUGAUUUUUAUAUUUCUCUUUCUAAACUAUAUGUUUAGUGUGAUUGGUAACUUAUCCAUUAUCCUCCUCACCUUGCUGGAUCCCCGCCUCAAGACUCCUAUGUAUUUUUUUCUCCGAAAUUUCUCCUUCUUGGAGGUUUUGUUGACAACAAUCUGUAUUCCCAGAUUCCUGAUAACCAUCAUGACGAAAAACAAAAUUAUUUCCUACAACGGCUGUGUAUCUCAGUUAUUCUUUUUCCUCUUACUGGGAGUUACAGAAUUUUACCUUCUGGCUGCCAUGUCCUAUGACCGCUAUGUAGCCAUCUGCAAACCUCUACAUUACCCCAUCAUUAUGAGCAACAAAGUGUGCUACCAACUUGUACUCAGUUCAUGGACAGCUGGCUUUCUGAUUACCUUUCCACCACUGGUCUUGGGACUAAAACUGGAAUUCUGUGCUUCCAAAGUCAUUGAUCAUUUCAUAUGUGACACUUCCCCUGUGCUGCAGAUUUCUUGCACAGACACUCAUUUCCUAGAAUCAGUUUCAUUUGUCUCAGCUGUUGUAACCCUCGUGGUCACAUUGCUGUUAGUGAUUCUUUCCUACGCAUAUAUUAUCAAGACCAUUCUAAAGAUCCCCUCCGCUCAGAAAAGAACGAAGGCUUUUUCCACUUGUUCUUCUCAUAUGAUUGUCAUUUCCCUUUCUUACGGUAGUUGUAUCUUUAUUUACAUGAAGCCAUCAGCAAAGGAAAGGGUGACUUUAUCCAAAGGUAUAGCUGUUAUCUAUACCUCGGUGGCCCCUUUACUAAACCCUUUCAUUUACACUCUAAGGAACCAGCAAGUGAAACAAGCCUUCAAGGAUACACUCCAAAAGAUUUUCUUUUUCUUCAAAAAGUGA